GCCCGGCUGCCUUUCAGCGCUGGUUCUCGCCCUGCCACGCCGUGCUCGGGGCCCUCCGGUCACGCCUGCCGCCAGCCGUGAGGCUUCUGCCCGCUUCCCCUCGCCCUUCGGCGGCCUCGGGGCGGGAGGGCCCUCGCUGGCCCGGCAGCAGCGUGGAGGGCCCGAGGCGCGGCUGUGCGAGUGCGGCCCGGCCCGGGGCAGCCCUGCCGCGCUUUUGACUUUCCCCGAGUUUUCGCUCCCUCCUCCCCCGAGCUCUGGCUGCUCUGGGGCUGCUGCGGUGGCAUUUCCCCUCAGAAGGUGGCGGGGGGGUGGCGCAGCAGCCAUGGCCGGGCCGCGGGGUGCUCGGGCUUUGGCCCACGCCAUUCUCCUGGCUGGCACCGUGCCCUGUGCCACUCGUGUUGAGCUUCGCUGCCAAGGGAGUGGUUUCUGAAAUAACGCGUGAGUGUUGCCUGAAGGAAAAGGGGAAAGAAACGAGGCCGGGAGGAAGAGAACCCCCUCACCUGCUGAGCAGGGCAGCUGGUAAGGCCAGUGCUUCACAUCCUCCCGUAUCCAUCACAUUCUGCAGCAGUGCUGCCAGCCAGGCGAGCCUGUGCAGGACCGGCCUUUGGGACAUUCCUGGCAGCUGUGCAGUGCCACCGGGUGAGGGUGGCCCGGAAAAACAUCCAGUUUCUGCCUGAAAGUGUGCCUGUCCUGGUUGCUCACUGAAAACAAUUGAGCAGUCUGGGGCUGACAAACCAUGAAGGAAGAAUAAGGGAAUCCUGAAGCAGCAACAGACUGUUUGUUCCUGGACUUUGUUCAGAGGGACUGUUUGCACAUCAGUCUCUCUCUUACCAGUGGGACCAUGGAAGAAAAGGAGACAUCAUCGAGUCACACCUCAGAGAGCAGCAUAUUGGACCUCCCCUCUGUUUGUGACCUAGCAGAGCACUUUCUGCCUCCACACAGCUCUGAAAACAGCCAGGAGCUUUAUCCUUCUGGGGAUGUUUUUCCCUCCCCACCCACAGGAGAGAGCAAUCCAUCACCUGCAGCUCCUGCGGGUUGUUGUGCUGAGGGCUCUGAGGAGGCAGACGUGAGCUGUUACCCAAAAGCAGGGCUCUGUGAGCCCUCUGAACCUAAGGAUGCUGUGCUCUCAUGGAUGUAUGAACGUGAUGGUGCAGAAGAUGCCAGCAUCAGGAACUCUCUGGAUGGCUUCUACAAAAUGUAUUGCAGAAGGCAGCCAGAGAGAAAGGAUCCGACCUACGAGGCUGCCUCACGGUGUCUGUCACAGAAGAUUUCAGAGCUGGAGCAAAAGGACGGAACAAAAUAUGUGUCACGUUGUCUGCAAAUGGCACAGUUGGUCUUGAACAGAGAUGGAUGCAAGAUCUUUCCAAACCACCCCACUUCUGCUUGCUUUUCAAAGCCAGCUGAAGGAGAAGUGUUGUUGGAAAACAGAAAGAGGACACCUGGACUCUCAGAUGAUGUCCUGCAGUUCCUCUUGAAACAAACACAGACAGAACGUAGCCCUGAUGUAUCACAUGAGAAGUGAGCAUGCUUUGUUUCUGUCAUGGAAGCUUUGCUUUCACUCCAGAAAGAGUUGACUUUCUUAGACAUUGUUCUCCAAGCACCACCUUCAGCACCAGAUGCUCCAUGGAGGGGUUCACCCACACCAGACCUUGCACCUUGCUCUCUGCAGGGCAGCACUGCAUGAGGAGCAUCUGUGUAACUGCUUGGGAUGUGUUGACUGAUUGGGAGGGGUCAUGCAGUGUUUGUUGCUGGGACAUCAAACAUGAUAAUUUAUACCUACCAGGUUUUUUAAUUGGCCUGCAUCCUUACCCAAGGUUAACAGUGGUCCAGCCCAAAUUCAGCCCCUGGGUGGGCAUUGCUGUCCAAGUGCUGUUGGCUAUAACGUUUGAAUGACCUUGGCAUGGUGUGACCCAGCCCUGCAGAGGGAAAGUUAAGAUUUUAUUCUGCACAUUUGCCUCCACGGGGUGCCUGUUAGCUCUGUGUUUUUACCUACAGACAUACAAUCCUGCAGUUGUGACUGCAGGGCCAGGUGAGUUCUUCUGACAGAAAAAGCGUGUGUGUGCAUGAGAAAGAGAAAAUACAGCUCUGAGAAUGCUCUCUGA